AUGCGGCCGUCCAGUCCUUUUAGCUUGUUGGCCACAGGCCUAGUCACUUUGAUUUCUUCAUGGGCCGUUGAUGCCUACGCUGCUACUGAUAUUGUUGUUUAUUACGGCCAAGGAUCGAACCAAAAUCGUUUGCGAGAGUUUUGUGAUUCUACAUCUAUCCAGUACAUUAGCAUUGGCUUCGUCACAAAGUUCCGAAAUACCGGUCUAGGAGGAGUUAUCGAAACGAAUUUCGGAAACCAAGGCUUCGCACCCGCUUCCCCAGGCACAAAUUACGUCUACAACUGCCCAUAUCUCCAAGAAGACAUCCCGUAUUGUAAAACCAAAGGGAAAAAGAUUCUUCUCAGUAUCGGAGGAGGCGCUCCUGAGAACUCCUACUAUCUCAGCACCGUGUCCGAGGCCCAGGAUGCCGCCGAUGAUAUCUGGAGCGCUUUUGGACCUAAAGAUCCGAGCUGGUCCCUUCCUCGUCCGUUUGGCGAUGCUGUAGUGGAUGGUUUCGAUCUUGACCUUGAGACAGGAGCAAGCAAAGGAAACAACGGCGCAAUAUACGCCAUAUUUGCUCAAAUGCUCAGAGACAAAUUCUCACAGUCCACCGAUUCUUUCCUUUUGACGGCUGCUCCGCAAUGCAUAUACCCUGAUGCUACCCUUGGCAAGACGCUCGAUACUGUGUCCAUUGAUUUGAUCUUCGUCCAAUUCUAUAACAACCCAAGCUGCCGUCCUUCCAAUCUUGUUAAGGGAGAUGCAGAUGCCCAAAAGGAUAAUUUCAAUAAAUGGAAUUCGCUAGCCUCGAACAACCCGAACGGAAACUGCAAGUGGUUCCUCGGGUUGUUAGCAUCACCCUCCAGCGCUGAUUACACAUCUCAGACGGAUCUAGAAGCUAUCCGGGAAUAUGUUCAACCCCAAAGUAAUUUUGGCGGUAUCAUGCUUUGGGAGGCAACGUCGGCGUCGAGAGAUGUUAACGAGAAUGGCGUCGAUUAUAUCGAUAGAUGUAAGAGUAACUUGGAGGGGACCGUCAUUCCUGACCCGACUUCUACCGCUUCACCUAGUACAACUACGAUGCCAUUCGCUGUUACUUCAACCGCGCCCCCCGGAGAGACACAUCUUGCAAUCGUCCCCGAAUGCAAUCAAUGGCAUUUUAUCAACGCAGGAGACAGCUGCGCUAAGAUUGUUGAAGAAUCACAAGGAACCGUAACACAGACACAAUUAGAAGAAUGGAACGAGGCAGCUCGCAAUGGAUGUUCGAAUAUCUGGGCCAAUACAUGGUUGUGUGUCGGUGUCGAUUCAGGAUCCGGGUCUUCUACCACCGCUCCUCCUUCAACCACCACAGCGCUGCCUUUUGGCACUACUUUCCCCGAACCCCCAGCCCAGACCCAGCCAGGCGUCGCGCCGGAUUGUACUCUUUGGCAUCUCGUUAAGGAUAACGAUAACUGUGAAAUUCUUGCGGCCGGUGCCGGUAAUGGAGUAACGUACCAGAAUAUCAUCACCUGGAACCCUGCCGUGGGACAAUCUUGUGCGAAUCUUUGGCUGAAUUACUACGCCUGUAUUGGCGUCUCUGGAUCCACGACGACCACCAGCUCAACGACGACCACCAGCACUUCUUCCACGACAUCAAGCACUGGCCUCCCAUCUCCUACUCAGGAAGGCUUCCCUGCUGAUUGUGACUCUUGGGAUAUCGCAAAGACCGGUGAAUACUGUUCAGUAUUUGCAACAAAUCACGGCAUUACUCUGGAAGAACUUCUUGCACUCAACCCUGCCCUCGAAGAAAGCGAUUGUUCGGCCUUCUGGUUAGGCUACUACUAUUGCAUUCACCGCCCAUCCGGAACGACUACAACUUCGUCCUCUACGACCACAACCUCAACCUCCACUACGUCGUCUUCGACUUCAUCACCCACGACGACAGAUUCGUCUACUACAACUACAUCUUCGACCACUUCUUCCACUACAACAGAGUCUUCCACAACCACAACGGAGUCCACGUCUUCUACGACCACAACGGAAUCUACGUCUUCCACAACAACCACAGGAUCUACAACCACAACCACGUCUUCCACGACCACGGAUUCGACAAUCACGACCUCGUCUUCAGAAUCAACCACUACAACGGAGUUGACCACCACAGCAACAGACUCUACGACGACUACAACAGACUCUACGACGACUACAACGGACUCCACAACAACUACAACAGACUCUACAACGACUACGACGGGCUCCACGGCGACUACGACAGACUCCACAACAACUACGACAGACUCUACAACUACAGCCUCAGCUUCUACUACAACCGAGUCUCCGACUACGACUGGGCCUACGACGACAGAGUCACCUACGACAGAAAAACCAUCUAGCACAGGAUCUACAACGACAACAACAUCCACCCUCUCGUCUAAGACGUCACAUGGGUAUGGCACUAGCACGACGCCGGUUUACUACACACCGUCAACUGUCAAGACGUCGACGGGAAAACCAUACGGAACAAGUACCAGGACGACCACCAAGCAGUCUCAGACAACAUCCAAGCCAUGUACCCGAAGCAAGACUUCGAAAUACCCCGCACCUACCACAACAAAGAAGACAUCCGUCCAGGCAUAUGUGAAGACUACUACGACGAAGACCUUUGUCACAAGCACUAAAAAAUGUACGAAGAGUACUUCUACUACCAAGACGACAACUUCGACAAAGGCACCAGUGUAUACGUAUAGGCCACGUCGCUAA